UCCCCACUGUGCGCCCCCUCCCAGGAAUCCACCAUGGAGAGUAAGGAUGAGGCCAGUGACACAGACAGCGGUGUCAUCCUGCAGUCUGGACCCGACAGCCCGGUGUCCCCGCUGAAGGAGAUGAAGGAGCUGACCUACGCUGUGCGCAAGCAGCAGCGGGCCCUGGAGGAGCGCCUGGAGGCCUGCCUGGAGGAACUGCGGAGGCUCUGCCUGCGGGAGGCGGAGCUGACGGGCGUCCUGCCAGCCGAGUACCCCCUCAAACCAGGGGAGAAGGCCCCCAAGGUGCGCCGCAGGGUCGGAGCAGCGUAUAAGCUGGACGAGCAGGCCUUGCACGGAGAGGACCCCCUGAGCAGCCUGGAGCAGGAGCUGGCCCUGCAGCUGCAGAUCGCAGAGGCCUCGAGGCGCCUGAGCCGCGAGGAGAAGCUGAGCCGCCAGGCCCGGCGGCAGCGGAAGCACGCCAUGCUGCGGGAGGAGGAGAAGCUGCGGGCGCUGGAGCGCUGCCUGGGCGAGCAGCGGCGCCACCGAAGCUCCCUCCCCACCGCCGGCCUGCCCCUGGGCCGAGAUCUCAGUGCCUCCGAUGACAGCUCCCUGUCCGAUGGGCUGCUCCUGGAGGAAGAGGAAGCCCAGGUGCCCAAGCCUGGCCCAGGGUCCUCGCCCCCGAGCCUGGAGGGGCUGCAGCCCGCAGCACCUGAGACAGGGGUCCUGGACCGGGCCCCCAUCCAGAACGGCCCCUGGAAGGAGACCAGCCUGGACCAGCCCUACGAGAAGCCCGGGAAGACUUCUGACCCCAGUAGCGAGUCUAGCAGCCCAGCCACUACGCCGCAGGACGGGCCCAGCCCCUCCAGCCCCUGGCUGCUGGAGCCUGCCUCCUACCAUGUGGUCCCCACCUGCAGCAUCCCUGGCCCGCGGCAGGGACGGACCAGCGCCCCCACUACCCCCGACAUGCAGGGCAGGAGGGGCCAGUCGCAGUCUCUGAGGAUGGACUCCUUCCGGGCAGGUCCCCGCCGACGCCCCACACACUACACGGUGACUGUGCCCAGCUCCUGCUGGCCCCCGAGUGGACCCCCGCGGCCGCCCCAUGCCCCCCCCUCCUGCUCCGAGGACAGUGGCUCCGACGGCUCCAGUGUGGCGGCCGUGACCCAGGAGCUGCAGUCCUGGCACGAGCGUGUCCGCCUGCGGAGCGCGCGCCCCCACUCGCUGGACCGCCAGGGGGCCUUCCGCGUGCGCAGCCUGCCACCCGGGCACACCCUGGGGCCCCGAGCCCAGGUGCCCACGGUGUGUGUGCUCCGCAGAUCGCCCGAGGGGGCCCCUGUGCAAGUCUUCGUACCUGAGAACGGAGAGAUCAUCAGCCAGGUGUAGCUACGGCCAGGUGUGCCCUGUGCUCCACGUGCUGUUCCUGGCGGGGCUGAGAUCCCUACCUCCUGUGCCUUCUGUAGCUCCCGUGUCCCCAUCGCGGGUCGAUGACCUGGAGCUGAGACUUUUUUUUUAACACCAGUUUUUGUUCAAAAGUCCUGAGGAUUUUUAUGUCACUUGUCCUCAAGACCCCUGUCACGUGGUGAUGCUUUAUUCCUUGGAGACUGGCCCCCUGGACCCGAGGCCUCAUUUGUCUGCCCGACAGUGUGUCUCCCUAUGCAAGAAAAGUGGGGGGACCCAGAGGCAGACGGGGCCACGGCAGGUCCCCAAAUGCUCGCCCUCUGAUUCUGAGGACAUCUGUGGAGAACAGCCUGGCCCUCCUGGCCCCUGUGGCUUGUGGACACCCCCCUCCCCUGUUUCCCAGCUCUCUGGGUACUGUGGGGUGCCAGGCUGGGGAGCCUCCCCCUCUCCAAUGUGCUCUGUGAUGCACACACCUAGUGAGGGGUACAGAACUGUCCCAGUGGAGGACUGCCUUCCUGGCCCCUGAAUCCCGUGCAGCGCCCCAGUCUCUGUUUGCUCUCGGGGCCUGCGGGCUCCCAGCAUCUCCUCACCUCUGACCCUUGAGUGUGAGGCUUCAUUGCAGCAUCAGGAGCCCCGGUGGGGGGCCAGCUCAACCUGUGACCACCGCCUCUGGGCAUUAUCGCGCUAAAAAUUAAUAUUACACAAGUAUGUUAGAGAGGCAGCACCUCUGUGGCAUGCUCUCGGGCCAGGCUGGGCCACAUCCUUCCACUCCCCACGCAGCCCUGCUUCCCCUCUGAGAAUGGACUUCCAUGCAACGGACAAGCCUUUAUUUUUACGAACGGGGGAGUGACCGUGAUGAAGGGUGUUGAUGGAUUGUCCAGCUGCGGAGAGCUGAGCAGGCCUGGAGCUGCUGGGCUGAUACCAUCAGGUGGUCCCUGGCCUAUCCCGAGGCCUCUGCUGCUGGGCGCGGUACCCAGGUGGGGAUCCUGCUUCAAGGAGACAGGCACUGAGCCGAGGCCUGGAGGGAACCGGGAACGCCAGGUUCUGAUUUUGCGCACGCAGACCCUUCUCUGCGUUCCCUGGACUUGGUCAGCGACUGCAAAUCCAGCUGAAGGCUCCAAGAAAUGGAUGCCUGGCCCGAAAGAGGCCCCGCUCUCCCCACUGGGCGGAGAGCGGUGUUGUAGGCCGCACAGGGGUGCGGCCGGCAGAGCCCAGGCCGCCCGGCGGAGGAAUCGGGGAGGGGCAGCACCUGCAUGUUCGAAUGUCCCACUUUGGAUGCUGUUCUUGUUUGGUUUGUCUCUGAGCCCCUCUCCCCAGGCCCGGCCAUCCCCCUCCCGGCGUCCUCGGGGGUGUGGAGCCAGGAGAGGGCCGAGCGCCCCACCCUUCCACACACACCCGAGCGUCCUUUAUGUUAACUUAUUGGUCCGUACGAUGCCCGGCCGUGUCCUCGGCUGUGGCGCUGCACCUGUGUGGGUUUUAGUGCCAAAUACGUCAAUAAAGUCUGGUUUUUGUGAUCAGCUGA